UUGGGGGUUGGUUUAGUUUGCUUUGGCUUAAGCUUCCCCACCAGAUCCGGAUGAUCAUGGGAUAAUCAUGUGCCCCAACCUCAAUUUCAAAUGCUGUACGCCAAACUGAACAUAGUAGAGUGGGAGAGAAGUACUGGAAAACAAAGAAAGAAGCGGGGUUUUCACAGAAACCAGCCGAGGUAGUAGUACAAGUUUUCUUUGUGAUGGGUUUACUUUGAAAAAGUUCUAUUCUUGAUGCUUCUUUUGGCUAUACGGUGCCUAGGCAAGUUGUAAGACCCAGGUAUUGGAAAUGGACAAUAUCUUCCUGAUCUCAUAAUUGUUUCCUUCCUUCACAAACUGGGUUUGGUUUGUGCUUUACUGGCUCCUUUGUGUUUUCUGACCUGGUUUGAUUGGAUUUUAGCUCCACCGAGGAACUUGAGCCAACAACAUUUUCCCCCUGCACUAAGUACUUUUGGAGCUGCCCGGUGUGCGAUUUGCGCAUUGUGCUUGUGUCUUCCAGGGGGCCUUUCAGUUUUUAGUAAAGCAGUGAUUUUGAUGGGUUUUGAUAAUCUGCGUUUUCAGAAUCAUUCUUCAUCUAACAGUGCUAUUGGGUAUGUAAUUCUGAGGAACUCUACUGCUGGAGCUUGGGUUUGUGUCUAGGUCACAGGGCUUUUUGCUUGAAGAUACGUUGGUGGGCUUUUGUGAAGAUGUCUAUGAAUUGCAAGCUCUCUGGGAUUAAUGGCAGAUUGCCGGCGAGUCAGAGGCUUAUGAAGGCUAAGGAACCCUUGUAUGGGCCCAAGUGUGGCAGAAAAUGGCGGGGAAAACUGUUUUGGCUUAUAGGACUUGUUACCAUAGUUGGUAUUUGGCUUCUCUUGAGUUUUGAUGGGAGUCAUGGGACACUGGGAAGGACAUGGAAGAAUUGGGAUUAUUAUGGAGAAAAAGCUCAAGUGUUGCUAGAAAUUUCCUUGUUCUCUGAAGCAGAUCAGAAUAUUUUGCAAAGAAUGGCAUCAAGGAACUUCAUAGAUGAUUUAUGCAAGAUUCUAUCCUUGUGGAUAGUGAAAGGAUGGUGGUGGCUCCUUUUUGGAAUAAUAAUUCCAAUACUGAGCUGCAUCAUAUCUGGAUGUCGGCUAAAAUUUUUGAAUGACCAAAGCCAGAAGAUAGAUGAGCAGGAGCCAGGGACACAACACUGGCAGAAGCAGCAACAGCAAGCCCAAAGUGCUCCUAAAGGUGCUGGGAAGUGGACUAAGAAGCUCCUUGUGGUAUUUGUCUUGCUGGGGAUUGUUGUGUCUAUUUGGUUAUUUUGGUACCUGAAUAAAAAAGACAUUUUGGGACGAGAAGAGACUCUUUCCAACAUGUGUGAUGAACGAGCUCGAAUGUUGCAGGAUCGGUUCAAUGUGAGCAUGAACCAUGUUCAUUCAUUGGCAAUUCUUGUAUCCACAUUUCACCAUGGGAAAAACCCGUCUGCUAUUGAUCAGAAAACAUUUGGUCUAUAUUCGGAGAGAACUGCUUUUGAGAGGCCACUAACUAGUGGUGUUGCUUAUGCUUUAAAAGUUCUUCACUCAGAGAGGGAGCAAUUUGAAAAGCAGCAUGGAUGGACAAUUAAGAAGAUGGAAACGGAGGAUCAGACUCUAGUUCAAGAUUGCAUUCCAGAAAAGUUAGAUCCUGCACCCAUUAAAGAUGAAUAUGCACCUGUGAUAUUUUCUCAAGAAACUGUCUCCCACAUUGUCUCCAUUGACAUGAUGUCUGGAAAGGAAGACCGUGAGAAUAUCUUGCGAGCAAGGGCUUCCGGAAAGGGUGUUCUGACAUCUCCCUUUAAGCUUUUGAAAUCCAAUCAUCUGGGUGUUGUACUCACUUUUGCAGUCUAUGAUACUGAUCUUCCUGCAGAUGCUACACCACAACAACAUGUUGAUGCUACUGUUGGCUAUCUAGGCGCAUCAUAUGAUAUGCCAUCUCUGGUAGAGCAGCUUCUACAACAACUUGCCAGCAAGCAAACAAUUUCUGUGCAUGUCUAUGAUACAACUAAUGCAUCAGCUCCAAUUAAAAUGUAUGGUGAUGAAGUUACUGAUACCGGUCUAUUGCACACCAGUAACCUUGACUUUGGAGAUCCAUCACGAAAGCAUGAGAUGCAUUGCAGGUUCAAGCAAAAGCCUCCUUUACCUUGGACAGCAAUAUGUUCAUCGUUGGGGGCUCUAGUCAUUACUCUGCUGGUAGGCCAUAUAUUCCAUGCAGCCAUAAAUCGAAUUGCACAAAUGGAGGAGGACUAUAGGAAGAUGAUGGAGCUCAAAGUUCGUGCAGAAGCCGCUGAUGUGGCAAAAUCUCAGUUUCUUGCUACUGUAUCCCAUGAGAUCCGGACCCCAAUGACUGGCGUUUUAGGCAUGUUGCAAUUGCUGCUGGAUAGUGACCUCAAGUCGGUUGAAUUGGAGUAUGCCCAGAAUGCUCAUAGUUGUGGGAAAUAUCUGAUCUCACUGAUAAAUGGGGUUCUCGACCAGGCUAAGAUAGAAUCUGGCAGGCUAGAACUUGAAGAUGUACCUUUUGAUCUGCGUGCUAUUCUUGAUAAUGUUCUGUCACUUUGCUCGAGUGAAUCGAAUAAAAAAGGUCUUGAGUUGGCAGCCUACGUAUCCGAUCAGGUCCCUGAAAUUGUUGUUGGUGACCCUGGACGUUUUCAGCAGAUAAUUACAAAUCUUGUUGGAAAUUCACUUAAGUUCACUCAUGAAGGAGGACACGUAUUCGUCUCUGUGCAUCUAGCUGAUGAAGUGUGUGACACAGUUAGGGAUCCAUUGCUGAGACAAGUCUUGAAUUUAGUUAAAGAUACGACAAAUAGAACAUGUAAUACAUUGAGUGGAUUUCCGGUAGUUGACAGAUGGAAAAGCUGGGAGAACUUUAAGAAGUUAAACAGAGCAGCAGAGGAACCUGAACGUAUUAGAUUAUUGGUGACAGUGGAGGAUACAGGUGUGGGAAUUCCACUAGAAGCUCAGAAUCGCAUCUUUACUCCUUUUAUGCAGGCAGACAGUUCCACUUCACGAACAUAUGGAGGGACUGGAAUAGGAUUGAGCAUUAGCAGAUGCCUGGUGGAUCUCAUGCAUGGUGAGAUUGGUUUUGUAAGUACACCUGGCAUGGGGAGCACCUUUUCAUUUACUGCAGCUUUAAGAAAAGGAGAAUCAAUAUCUAUAGAUACAAAGUGGCAGCAGUAUGAUCCAGUUUUUGCUGAACUCCGGGGGCGGAGAGCACUAGUAGUUGAUAAUAGAAGUGUUAGAGCUGAGAUCACAAGAUAUCAUCUACAAAAGUUGGAUGUAUCAGUGGAAAUAGAAUCCAGUCUAAAGUCAGCCUGCAGUUAUUUAUCUAGCACUUCCAGUUCAAGUGCCUCAAGCAAUUUGGCCAUGGUUUUUAUCGACGAAGAUGCUUGGGACAAAAAUACAGGUAUUCUGCUGAAAGGGACCGGACAAAGUGGCGGUUCAGAAGGCCUGAGAAACCUUCCCAAGAUUUUUCUAAUGGCAACCUCCAAUAGCACUAGUGAAAGCAAUGAGCUCAAGUCAGCUGGAUUGGUAGAUCAUGUACUGAGGAAGCCUAUUCGGCAAAGUGUCUUAGUCGCUUGUAUUCAACAAGCCUUUGGAAGUCGUUAUAUGAGUCAAGAAAUUAAGAAGAAACUAUCAAAUCGUCGGAGUAUACUAAGAGAGAAGCGAAUACUGGUGGUGGAUGACAAUGUGGUAAACAGAAGAGUGGCAGAAGGUGCUCUAAAGAAAUAUGGAGCAAUUGUUACCUGUGUAGAGAGUGGCAAGGCUGCUGUAAUGAUGCUUAAACCACCACACAACUUUGAUGCUUGCUUUAUGGAUCUCCAAAUGCCAGAAAUGGAUGGCUUUGAAGCUACCCGCCUAAUCCGCUGUAUGGAAAGUGAAGUGAAUGAGAAGAUUGCAUCUGGGGAAGCAUCACCGGAGAUGUUUGGAAAUGCGACUCAUUGGCGUACACCAAUAUUAGCAAUGACGGCUGAUUUGAUUCAGGCCUCAAAUGAAGUAUGCAUGAAGCAUGGGAUGGAUGAUUAUGUGUCGAAGCCAUUUGAAGACGAGCAGAUGUAUACAGUAGUGGCACGGUUUUUUCAAGUAUAGUCGAUGGUGGAAUAACUUGUAAUAUUCCUCCCCAGUCAUUCCGGCUAGGUGGUUCAUCACUGCUAUAUUUCUGCUAUAUUUGGAUUGACCCCUGACGACACCUGUUGGCUAACUAGUGACCAGAGUCACCGCCAAUUGGUGGCAAAUGGAAAGAUCCUGGCCAUUAUCUUCAGCUAUGCAGAUUUGGAAUCUAGGUUGGUGACUAUGGCUUGUGGGUCUUGACUAUGGAGGAGAGUUAUGGAAUGCUUGCUGCCACCGUCUUCCAUCCUUGCAGUGCUGAUUUCUUGAUGCAGAAUAAAGAGAAAUGGAGGGAUAUGCUAGUUCCACCCUUUUAUUUUACCUAAUUUGUCUAAUUGAAGUUGGCAAUAGAAUGUGAUGCUGGAUUGCUGGUUCUUUACUCUAAAGUAGGGUAUGCAAUUCGUAUGCCCCCCCGGUUAUUCUGAUUUCUGCAGGAAUCAAGUGUGCAAAAUAUAGAAGAUGGGAUGCGGAUUGUUAUCAAUUUCAGUGUCGAGCAAGGGUACGCUGUAAUUAUGUCAUUGAUGCUCAAAUGUAGACAAGUAUGUCUAAUUAAGAUGAAAUCAGAUCAAGAAUGUGUAACCUAGAUUGUGCUUCUUGGUUGAAAGACUGCAUUUAUCCUGAUUGCUUGGCUGAAAGCCUGAAACUGGGUUGCUGAAUGUCAGUUUUGGCUUGAUGGUCAAUUUUAUUGCCGUU